AUGACCAAUAAUAGUUCGACAACAACGACAGAUGCACCACUUCAGGUACUUGAAAAAAUCAUUUUCUGAUUUGAAAAUUCAAAGAAAUCAAAAGAAUAUAUUUUUAGCUUGAAUAUCCGAUGGAAUGGAACGCGUUUCACAUAUUCCUAAUAUUAUUAAUUCUUCUUGUCGUUGUUGGAAAUUCGAUGGUGAUAUUUGCAGUGACUGUAGACAGAAAAUUGAGAUCUGUCACAACUAAUAAAUUCAUCGCAUCGUUAGCCGUUUCGGAUUUAUUAGUCGGACUUGUCGUCAUGCCACUUUCACUAUAUUAUAAGGUGAGUGAUGAGCACGUGGUUUGUUGUUUUUGGCGUCAGGAACAGCUCACUCUAGAUAAUCCUCAAAGAUUGGGGAUUAAUCACUAUUUAAUCUAAUUUUGCAAGAUCAAAUUUUGAUGAUUUUUCUGAACGCAUUAAAUGGGACGAGGGAAAACAAAAGAGAGAAUCAUCAAUAAUUUCACCUUAAAAUCUAAAUUCUAAGCGUUCAGAUUUUAAAAUCUUUAUGAUUAUCUUAUCCUAAACGUGCUUUAGAUCUUAAAAUGCCUCUAGAUUUACUAUGCUUUUGAAGAAUAUAAAAUGUUUCAAAUAUUUUGCAGAUGCAUAGUGACCACUGGACUCUUGGUUAUAUGUGGUGUCAAUUCCAUCUUGUCUCAGGCGUGUUUUCGACAACGGCUAGCAUCGUUCAUCUUGUCGCAAUUUCUCUAGACAGAUAUUUUGCAAUAAUGUUCCCCACAGAAUAUCAAAGACAUUCUGUGUCUACCUCAACUGUUCCAUAUAUUGUUAUGAUUUGGUUGAUGGCGUUAGCAGUUAGCUCAACUUUAUUUAUGGAACGUGGCGCGUUGUUUGAUGGAAAUUGUUGGAUCAAUAAUCCACAAUAUAUUGUGCUCAGCUCGUUUUUAUCAUUUUUCUUGCCUGGAGCAAUUGUGGUGUAUUUGUACAUGAAAAUUUUCCGAAAAUUGCGAAAUCAUCAACUUUACAUGUUUGGUCAAUUGACUCAUCGAAGUGGCGAGCGACGACAUUCUCUACCACGUGUUAUUAUUGAAGAAGUCAGAUCUCGACGAGGUUCUCGAUUAUCACAAAGUGGAUCCCAAUCAGGAAGUCCGACUCGAAGACAAAGCGGUGGAAGCAAAGAAAGAUCACCUAGUCAACCGGAUAUUCACAUUGUUUCGAAACCGCAACAAAGGUAUCUUUUUAGUCUUUCGUUUUAUUCUCCGGGGAGUUUUAGGGAUUAAUUAAAUUUUCGGAUGUGAUGUAUUUGACAAAUUGCAUUUUUUCUUAUUGCUCUGCUCUCGCGCGAAAACGACAAAGACCAACUAAAUAUCUCAUUUCAGAUGGCGAUCGCCCACAAUUUGUGCGGAAACUUUGGCACAUGAUCGUUUGUUGGCAGCGAAAAAACGCGUGUCAAUUGUUCCCGAUCCUCCAUCGAUGGAUGUUUCAGUGAAUAUGGCAUCAAUGGAUCAAAUGAAAGAUGAACAUAUGAAUAAUAGGUACUGUAAACAUACGUUGCAAUCAAAAGUUCAAGUAAUCAAAUAUUCAUUCCAUGAAUAUAUUAAGGCGACUAGGAAAAUAAAAAAAAAGAAAAAAACUUCGAAAAUAGAAAAACAGGAAAUUGUGGGAAGAGAUCAAACAUGAUGUGUGAUUACAGAUUACGAGAAGAGGAAUUGCUUGGAAAUGAGAAUUCGGAAGUGGUUCGUCGGAAAAUGUCAGAAGAACAAGUUCGAAAAUUGAGCGACGAUCGGAAACGUGUUAUUAAUGAGCGGAGAAGAUCAAGCACCAGUGAGAAUCCAAAUGGAGUGCCAAUUAUGGCGGCUUUCCAAAGAGCAUAUCAGGAAGUGCGUGCGGGGAGAAGAAGGUCGACUCAUGAUAAUAGUAAGGGAUUUUUUCAAGAAGAAAAACAAAUCUCAUUGUUUUUUUUUCAGCAUUCCAUUUUCCAUCACUGACAACUGUAAAUGAACCGAGUGAACCUGAAGAGGAUUCUAGAGAAUCAACUGCUAUGAUCCAUAAACUUUCUAGUGGUUCAAGUAUUGCAGAAACCGUUAUUGCACUUCUUCCAAAAUCAUCUACUCCGCUAACGAAAACUGAUUCACAUGAUGAAUCUGUAUCAACAGAAGCUAGUCAAAAACCCCUUCUUGAUGUUCCAGUUCAUAGAUACACCAAGAAAUCGCACCAUCAAACACAAAGAUACCAACCAUCAAUUCCAGCUCCAACUUUUUUGAUGGUUCCAGCAAUGAUGUCAGUAAACACUCCACCAUUGACACCGCAAUCAAAAGAGAUCACACCAAUUGUUGGCGCUUCUUUAUUACAAGUUCCAAGAUUAUUUGACUGUCCGUCACCAUGCAGUGUUCCUUCAAAUAGCAGUCAUUCAUCAUACACAUCUGCAAGUGGAAGUAGCGAUACUUAUCGAAGAAUUUCAAUGAAUAGUUACGGAAGUAGUUUGACUGAUGGCACGGAAUCCACUUUUGAAGGUGAUUCUCGAAGAUCAUCGGCUUGGUCAACAAUUCGAGCAGCUGUUUUUGAUAGAGCACAAAUUAGAGGAGGAAAAGCAAGUGUUGAUAUAACUGUUGAUAGAACAAAUGGAUCACCGUCGAAGAAGAUGUCAACUAUAAGCCGAGGGAAAUUGCGAAGAAUUGCAACACAAGUAACACGUGCAAUAAGACGAAAACGUAGAGAAUCAAUGGCAAUUCGAAGAGAAUCAAGAGCUACUAGAGUAGUUGCCGCUAUUCUAAGUGAGUGCAUUUUUCUUUUAGAAAUAAUAAUAUUAAAACUAACUAUUUUCAGUCGCUUUCUUAAUUUGCUGGAUUCCAUAUUUCUGCAUCUCAAUUAUUCGUGGUGUUUUGAUGGGUUUUCAACUUUCAUACAACAUCAAUUUUCAUCUCUCACUCUUCGUCUGGACUUCAUGGCUGGGUAAUUCACAAAAGUUUCUUUUUUUCAAAAAAAAAGUACAAAUGUUUUCAGGAUAUGCUCAUUCGUGUUUCAAUCCCCUUAUAUACAUGUGCCUCAAUAAAAAUUUCCGGAUUACGAUGAGAAAGUUGAUGAGGAAAACGAAAGAGUAA